UGAUGCUGAGCUCGGUCAGGAUGGACUCCCACAACAAGGCCUGGCUUCUUAAAAAAGUUCCUACCCAGCAUUUAAGGGAAAUAUGUUGUUGUAAGCAGGCUGCGGUCGGUUUUAUUUCCCUCCAGCAUGGCGGAGCGCGAGCAGGACGGGAAUAAAGUGUGUGAAGCGGCGGAAACGGGGAGGCGGAUGUAAAGUGGUCCAGCCAAAUAAAUAAGAUAUGAACGGAUUUCUACUCAGCCUGGCAACAUCACGGAGAAGUCAACGACGCAGUGGCGAGGAAGAGAUGGCAACCAUGAUUUAAAGACGGGAAUAAACACAAGCAUUUACAAAGGGAGGUUUCGCGUUGAACGGAGGCUGGACUACCGAGGGGCAGCAGCGCUGCGCCCGGGCUCUGGAGCGCCGAAUCCCGCUUGGAAGCCGAUGAAGGGUCGGUGGUUCCUGGGCCGUAUGGAGGUCCGUCGUCUAUAAUUAAGCGACUUCUUCGGGGAUUUGUUUGCAUGCAGGUGUGGUCGCAAACGACGUUUAAAUCACCGUAGCAAAGGUCUUCCCUCCACCCCUCUCCUCCCCGUGGAACAUAGGAUCGCCCUGUCAUCACCCCCUCCUCCCUGGACAGACCGGCAGAAGGAUUACCGGAUCGCCUUUCAUCCUUAAUUCCUCGUCUCUCUCUGCCCAUCUCCCACCUCCACCACUUCCCUGUAUCAUAAUGGAUACCUGGAUGAUUUACGAAGUACUCUAGUGCCCUAGAGCAAGGCAUUGCUCUGCUGUUGACACUCGAGUGUUAGUCAGGAUGGACAGGCGUCCUAGGGUGUUGAGAGAGAUAAAUCAACAUCAGUGUUCACAGUGGAAACGUGAUAUCCAUGACUGAUCUAAGAGAGUUUAACUAUGUUUCAAACUGCCUCGUGACACCUCGACUGACCACUAGUGGAUUCUGGGAGUUCUGAAGUGCCUUGCCCAAGGGAACGCCAGCAGGGCCAAGGACAUGUACAUCAAGGAACCCUAAAUCUUUUUUUUUAAGUUGCUUUGGACAGCUUCUCUUGUGAUUACUCCAUUCAUCUGUCUAUACCUCUAUACCUCAAUCAUUUCUCCUUUUGUCCUCGCUUCAUUUUCCCAGCAUUCAUUGCUUCUUCAGUUUGGUCUGGUUCACUUUUAAGCUAAAGGGCCCAAGUGUCCCUUUCCUUUCUUCCUUCCUCCCUCACUUCCUUCCCCCUCCCACCCCCUUUGUUUUGUUUUUUGCCUCACCCACCUGGCCUCCACCAUUCGCCCCUCUCUCGCAACGNCGCUUCUCGCCCCCUCCCUUCUCCGCCUCCUCUUCUGCGGGAACCAUGGCGAUGGCUGCCACCGCCUCCUCCUCUCCCUCAUCCUCGUCUUCCCCCAACGGCAGCGCCCGGGAGCACCUGCUGGCGGUGCGUCGGCGCACCCCGCACACUCGGCCAUACACGAUUGGUCCGGACAACCUGCGCAGUCUGUCGGUGCAGGGCGGGAGCUCCACCUCUUCGUCCUCCUCUGCUAUGUCAUCAGGGAGUCAAUCAGAAACGGCAGGGGUGGGACUCCAGAGGGCCAACAGCGACACAGACCUGGUGACAUCAGACAGCCGCUCAUCACUCACGGCGUCUACGUACCAGUUGACUUUAGGCCACAGCCACCUGGUGAUUUCCUGGGACAUCAAGGAGGAAGUGGAUGCCACCGACUGGAUCGGCCUGUACCACAUCGAUGAGACAUGUGUGGCCAACGUUUGGGACUCCAAGAAUCGUGGCGUGAAUGGCACCCAGAGAGGACAGAUCGUGUGGAGACUAGAGCCGGAACCCAACUUCAUGGAGCCGGAGACUAAGAUCUGCUUUAAAUACUAUCAUGGUGUAAGCGGAGCAUUAAGAGCAACAACACCUUGUAUCACAGUCAAGAACCCUGGAGUACCGGUGGGCAGUGAAGGCCAAGUCGAGGACCAAUCAGGGACUGAACACUGUCGGAAACUAGUCAGCUUCACCUUAUCAGACAUGCGAGCAGUGGGUUUGAAGAAGGGCAUGUUCUUCAACCCUGACCCCUACCUGAAGAUGUCAAUCCAGCCUGGGAAAAGAAGCGGCCUCCCCAAGUUCACCCACCACGGCCAGGAGAGACGCUCCUCCAUCAUAGCUAACACCACCAACCCUGUGUGGCAUGGGGAGAAAUACACCUUUGUGGCUCUGAUGACUGACGUGUUGGAGAUCGAGGUGAAGGAUAAGUUUGCCAAGAGCCGACCAAUCAUCAAGAGGUUUCUAGGUCAGCUGAUCCUCCCCGUGCAGAGACUUCUAGAAGGGCCGACAGCUGACGAUCAGCCAGUCAGCUACAGCCUGUGUCGUCGUCUCCCUACGGACCAUGUGAGUGGGCAGCUUCAGUUCAGAGUGGAUAUCACCUCCACUGGACAUGAAGAAGCCUCCCCAGAUGCUGUGGGCACCAUCCUAGGCAGCUCAGUGAACGGUGACCCUGGAAGUCCCUCAGACGAUGAAGACCUCCCUCACGCAUCCUCCUCCUCGCGCGUUGCAUAUGGGCCUUCUCCCACAGGAUCGGACGAGGGCUCCCUGUUAGUUAACGGUGCUUGUUACUAUGGCGAUGACAGUGUGUGGCGGGAGCCUGGGCAGAUGGCAGAGGAAGAUCUGCUUGCUGUGGCACUGGGCGGCCACACUCACCGGCAGGUGUCACUCAACGAUUACCUGGAUGCCAUUGAGGCUCCCAGGAGCCCCGGGGACCGACCUCUUGCGGGGCCUUCGCCGAAACUCCGCUCUAGCUUUCCAACGGACACACGGCUCAAUGCCAUGCUGCACAUAGACUCAGAUGAGGAUGAGGAGACGGCAGGGCAGCACAGGGAGCAAACACAGGAGACGAGGACACAGCAGAGCAUAGACUCAGCCUCAUCGAGGAACUCGGCUACAUCGGAGUCUCAACAAGGGAACGAGGGUUCAAAAGAGGAGCCGCAGGGCCAGACUGGAGCUGGGACUGGGACUGGGACUGGGCCUGGAGUUGGGGCCACAACAGAGGCAGGUUCCUCUACCAGUGCUCAGCCUGGAACUACGCCUGCCGGGGCCGAAUCUGGAGCUGGAGCUGCUGAGAGUGCAGUCCAAACACAGGAAGGAACACCAGCUGCUGCUGCUGAGACUGAAGCUGGGGUUGGAGAAGCUGCUGGAGCAUCAGCUGAGGCUGCACACAUCACUGGAGAACUCUCCACAGCUUCCAGCUCAUCUCAGGCAUCAGGGGCUGAGGCAGCUGCGGCAGCUGGGCCCAUGGAGUCUGUGGGGGAAUGUACCUGUCAGGAGCAGAGUAGCAGAACAGGUGCAAACCAGGAAGUAUCCCUCACUCCCUCACUUGGUCCACUUUCACCCAUUCAGGAGGUGGAGACAAGAAAAGAAGUGGCUCCUAAGGCAGAGGAGGAAGGGGAGUCAUCAAGCAGUGAGGCCAACGGACCAUCAGCAGCAGCUGGUGCAUCUACGAGCAGCAUCAUAGCUGACCAGGGAGGAGGGACCUCCGAAGUUGGAGCAAGAGCCAGGAGUCAGGAGGAGGAGGAUGGGGAGGUGUGGAGGAGGAGGCAGUCCAUGCAAGCUUCCGGAGGCGUGGCCCAAAACCAGGAGGCGUGCGCAGCCAGAGAGAGUCAGAACGGGGCAGUGGGGGUGGAGAGAGAGACAGGUGCCACAGCUCAGGUCAAUGGCCACCAGUCCGUUCGCUCCCUGCCAUCUGUGCGCCAUGACAUCAGUCGUUACCAGAGAGUGGACGAGCCGCUACCACCUAACUGGGAGGCUCGUAUCGACAGCCACGGUCGGAUCUUUUACGUGGACCACGUGAACAGAACCACAACAUGGCAGCGUCCCACCGCUCCCCCCGCCCCACAGACACUCCAGAGGUCCAACUCCAUACAGCAGAUGGAGCAGCUGAACCGCAGGUAUCAGAGUAUACGUAGGACAAUAACCAAUGACAGCAGACCAGAGGAGCAGCCAGCCAAUGAGCUGCCAACAGAUGAGACUGACAUGCACCCCUCCAUCCCGGAGUUCCGUCGGGACAACAGUGUAUCUCAGUCCAGCUCCAGGUCUCGUCUCACCCUCCUGCUUCAGUCCCCCAGCGCAAAGUUCCUCACCAGCCCCGACUUCUUCACUGUGCUGCAUUCCAACCCUAGUGCCUAUCGUAUGUUCACCACCAACACGUGUCUGAAGCAUAUGAUCAGUAAGGUUCGUCGGGAUGCUCACCACUUUGAGCGCUACCAGCACAACAGGGAUCUGGUGGCCUUCCUCAACAUGUUCGCCAACAAACAGCUGGAGCUGCCCAGAGGCUGGGAGAUGAAGCACGACCACACCGGCAAGCCUUUCUUCGUGGACCAUAACUGCCGUGCGACGACCUUCAUCGACCCCCGGCUGCCUCUCCAGAGCACUCGGCCCCCGAGCCUCCUGGCUCACCGCCAACACCUGACUCGCCAACGCAGCCACAGUGCUGGGGAGGUCAGUCCACGGCGACUGGUGGGUGAAGACCCUCGUCAUGCCGGUCCACCCGUCCUGCCGCGGCCUUCCAGCACCUUCACCUCUGCCAGCAGGGGGCAGUGCCAAGACGUUGUGCCAGUGGCUUACAACGAUAAGAUUGUGGCGUUUCUUCGACAACCAAACAUCUUUGAGAUUUUGCAGGAGAGACAGCCUGACCUCAGCAGGAACCAUUCACUCAGGGAGAAGGUGCAGCUGAUACGCACAGACGGAGGGUCAGGAUUGGCCAGGUUGUCAGGUGACGCUGACCUUGUCAUGCUGCUAAGUCUGUUUGAAGAUGAAGUAAUGUCCUACGUGCCUCCUCACGCCUUACUUCACCCCAGCUACUGCCAGUCACCGCGGGGAUCACCUGUCUCCUCCCCACAGAACUCGCCUGGUACUCAGAGAGCAAAUGCCAGAGCUCCAGCACCCUACAAAAGAGACUUUGAGGCCAAACUGCGCAACUUCUACAGGAAACUGGAAACUAAAGGCUACGGACAAGGACCAGGGAAGCUAAAGUUGAUCAUCCGUCGCGACCAUCUGCUGGAAGAUGCCUUCAACCAGAUCAUGUGCUAUUCCCGUAAAGACCUGCAGCGCAGCAAGCUAUACGUCAGCUUUGUUGGGGAGGAGGGGUUGGACUACAGCGGGCCUUCCAGAGAGUUCUUCUUCUUGGUUUCCAGGGAGCUCUUCAACCCUUAUUAUGGUCUGUUUGAGUACUCUGCCAACGACACCUACACCGUCCAGAUAAGCCCCAUGUCUGCCUUCGUAGACAAUCACCAUGAAUGGUUCCGGUUCAGUGGUCGCAUUCUCGGUUUGGCUCUGAUCCAUCAGUACCUACUGGAUGCCUUUUUCACCAGACCCUUCUACAAAGGCCUACUGCGCAUUCCCUGUGACCUGAGUGACCUGGAGUACCUGGAUGAGGAGUUUCACCAGUCCCUUCAGUGGAUGAAGGACAACGACAUAGAGGACAUGUUAGACCUCACCUUCACCGUCAACGAGGAAGUCUUUGGACAGAUAACAGAAAGGGAGCUCAAACCCGGCGGAGCCAACAUCCCUGUGUCAGAGAAGAACAAAAAGGAAUACAUCGAGCGGAUGGUGAAGUGGAGGAUAGAGAGAGGAGUGGUGCAGCAGACUGACAGCCUGGUUAGAGGUUUCUACGAGGUAGUGGAUGCCAGGUUAGUGUCAGUGUUUGAUGCAAGGGAGCUGGAGCUGGUGAUCGCCGGCACAGCUGAGAUUGACUUAUCAGACUGGAGGAACAACACCGAGUACAGAGGAGGUUACCAUGACAACCAUAUUGUGAUCCGGUGGUUCUGGGCAGCAGUGGAGAGGUUCAACAAUGAACAGAGACUACGACUCCUGCAGUUUGUGACCGGGACAUCCAGUAUUCCAUACGAAGGCUUUGCUUCUCUGCGAGGCAGCAACGGACCUCGCAGGUUUUGUGUGGAGAAGUGGGGGAAGGUCACCGCGCUGCCCAGAGCUCAUACUUGUUUCAACCGGCUGGACCUGCCACCAUACCCGUCCUUCUCAAUGCUGUAUGAGAAGAUGCUGACGGCCGUGGAGGAGACCAGCACCUUUGGGCUGGAAUGAUCCUCGCCAACCCAAAUCUCAGCUGACCUCUGUCUACCCCUCAAGGACUGCUGGUAGUAGUGACGAGAGGUAGCUAUGAUGGACAAAGGUUCAAAAAACUGGAUUUAAAGUCCAAGUUAUGGUUUAUGUUUAAUUUAUACUGGGCUGAAUUUUAUAUCAGAGGCUGAUAAGACCUUUGAUCCAUGAAGCUGCACUCUGACCUUUUGAAAUGCCCCAUGUACAGAGGUAAACACUUUUUUUUUGUCGCACCUGCACGUAUUUCACACCUACUUAGUAACACACGCUUUUACCUGUGUGAUAUGACGAAUGAAAACCCACACUGCCUUUGGGACCAGAAUCAUAACUGCCGGGCUUUGACCAUGUGGAUACGGGAUUGUUGUUGGUUUUUUUUUUUUUUUGUUUUGUUUUGUUUUGUUUUUUUGGUUACUUUCUCUUUGAUACCAGAGGAUUAGAGUAUAAGGCGACACAUCAAAGAAAAAGCAAUCACUGCCUUCACCGCAAAAGCUGAGUGGACUCAGCGUCUUUAUUCUGGUGUUGAUGGACCUCAGAUCAUACGGCCUGUCCAGUGACACCCCCAUUGUUGUACAGCGCCUCCCUGUGGCCUGUAGAAGUAACUGCACCCAUGCAGGCAUUUGUCAAAGCCUUUUGAGGACCGCCUGAUGUAACUUUUGGUAAAGUUUAUGGAAUUUUCUUCUACAGCCAGUUUUGGAGUCCAGACAGAAGCUUUGCUAUUGUUACAGUAUUUUCAUCUCAAAGAAGAACAAAAAAGUGAUUUUCUAACGAUGUGGCCGUGACAUAUUGUGAUUUGAAUGUAACUUAAUGAUGUAGAUUGUGUGGGAAGUGAUUAUGCACCAGAUCUCGAUUAAUUGGCAAAAAAAUAUUUGGUCCCCCCACUCACGUUAUCAGUGUGUUGAUGGUAAGUAAUUAACAUACAGUAUGUAACCAUAUCCAUUUACUUUGAUUGUAUUUGAUUGAUUUACUUUGACCCAGGUCUGUUUUUUAAAGUUUGCUAAAAGUCAUCUACAUUCAACAGGUGGAGAUUGAAAGUAAACUGUUUAUCCAAAUGGAUAAAGUAAAUUGAAUGUCCACCCACCAGUGGCGGAUCUGGAAAACUUCUGGCAAAGGGGUGGCAUGGGAGGGUGGUGCGUCCCCACAUAAAAAUACAAGCUACUUCUGCAAGUUAAGCUAAAAGUUUAACUAUGACAAGACUAAAUUAUCAGUCACAUAGGCCUAAAGGAUAACUCAAUAUAAUGAUAUAGCAUGACUAUAACACCAUCUUAUUUAUUAGCAAACCCUCCAUCAGUUAACCGUUAGUUAGCUCAAG